CAUCUGUGUGACGUUCAUCCCGACGGCUUCCCCGUAGUGGGCGGGACUUACUGUCACUCACGGCUCCGUGUUGUACUCCUGGCGCUCCGCCCACCGGGGAUGGCCGUGUUGUGAGUCUCCGCAGGAAAUUCCGGGCUGACGCUCCGCUGCUGCAGCCGGUUUGCCGGGAGGGGGAGAUUCGUGACAUGGAGCUGAGAUUCUGGGGCGGAGACUGGGGCCUGCCCUCCGUGCACCCGGAGAGCCUGGUGGUCCUGGCUUAUGCGAGAUUUGUUGGUGCCCCCCUGAAGCUAAACCCCGUGGAUUACACCUGGGCAAGUCUUCAAGGUUUUGGGCCAAUCUUAAUAUCCAAAGAUGAAGUUACUACACAAGCAGCCAACAUUUUGAAUUUUCUUAGGAAACAGAAAUACAAUGCUGAUUAUGUGUUAUCAGCGAGAGAGGGGUCGGAUACGCUGGCAUACAUCGCUCUGCUUGAGGAGAAACUACUUCCUGCGAUGCUGCACACGUUUUGGGUUGAUGCUGAGAAUUAUUCCAGUUUAACAAGACCCUGGUACUCGUCACACACUCCUUUCCCUCUGCGAUAUUACCUGCCGGGGAAGAUGUCCAGAGAGGCUUCAAAUAGGAUCCUGGUGACCAAGGGGCAGCCUCCGCUGUACAGUCUGAAUGAAGUGGAAGCUCAGGUUUAUAAAGAUGCCAAGGAAUGUCUAAAUCUCCUCUCCAACAGACUGGCAGCCUCACACUACUUUUUUGGAGAAAUACCUACGUCUCUGGAUGCUUUUGUCUUUGGUUUCCUGGCUCCUCUUUAUAAAGCUCACCUUCCCAAAAUCCAUCUGCAAGAACAUUUAAAGCAACUUCCCAACUUGUGUGAAUUUUGUGACCGUAUUCUUGGUGCCUAUUUCACAGAGAAUGCUGAAGGCUCAUCUCCUGCUGGCCAGGAAGCAAUAGAUGCGAAUUUACAGAAACUUACACAGCUUGUAAAUCAGGAAUCCAACCUCAUAGAAAAGAUGGAUGAUAAUCUCCGGAGGAGCCCUCAGAAUCGUCCCCGGACACUGACAACACUACAUCCUCCUGCUUCCAGUGCAGACAGAGAUUCAUCCCAGUUCCUUAAACCAUGACCAUGCCUGGUGCCCCCAGUUACCGCUAUCCAGGUCCAGCCAGCAAUUGUUUAACCUGUUCUGCCUUAUGGCUGCCUGUUGUCAAACAUCAUCCUUAAGGGGAUUCUAUCCUCAACUUUCAUGUUAGAUGUUCAAGUAUACGUAUGUUUUUAGGUUUUUAUGCUUUUUAUUUAUUUCCAUCCCUCAUGUGGGGUUCUUUUUGUCGUUUGUUUCCUAGAAGCCAUCUGUGGAUUCUACAGCCUAUUUAUUGUUGGCUGUAGUAAUUUUCACCAACUAUUUUUGUACCAACUUAUUUACUAAGAAAAGGUUAUCUUGUUGCAGAAGGGAGCAGUCAAAUGAAAAUGUAGGUAGGAAGGUAGUAAAGAAUUUUAUUUACCGUAUUUAUCGGCAUAGAACACGCACCCCAACUUUAAGAGGGAAGUUUCAGGGAAAAAAACUUUCCA